UUGAAAAAUCGAACCCAAGAAAAAGAUGUUUUUACCUGUUACAUAUUACAGGCAAUAUUGUAUUUUGAAUAUUUUAUAUAUUUUUGCAUAUGAUAUGAUCGUUGAUGAUCGUCUUAUUUCGGCUUCAAGAAUCACCUCCUAAAUUUCCCGACACCUGUAGCCGAACAUCCUGUAUAUUUUUAAAUAUUAUAUGCAUUCAUUACAUUUCUUUUCCUUGCAACUUUACAUAAAUGUAUAGAAACACGUAGUGACUAGUGGUAUUAAUCCUAUAUUGAUGUUAUUUCUAUGCUAUUUGAUAUAACACGAUAGCGUAAUUAAUGUGGGUUUUGAGUAUUCAGUGCUUCAGAUAACCGGAGGCCCCGAAAUAUUUCAAGUGCCUUACUACAGCAAACUCGAGCGAUAUAUCCAACUUUUGGGACAAGAUCCGCGCCAUAAAAGUAGCACUAGAAAUAUUAUUGUAGUAAUAGUAGUGACUAGUAUCGUAAGCAUUACUAUCCCAGCGGUAAGAAAAACAAGAUAAUCAUUAUAUAGAAAAGUAAUAAAGCUAACGAUAAGGUAAUGUCAUUAAACAAUUGGGACUUGCUAUCAAUAGACCGCAGAGUUAUUUGCGUCGUUGCAUAACAAGGACAUGGAUGGAGUCAUCGAGUGUCUGCCACACUUUGUCACAUCUUCCACCAGUGCUGUUAAAAUAUUAAAUAUGCAUUUCAACAGGCGAAGUUUUAACAAACUGUUCCAACUUGUGGCAAAACAAUGGGAACAACUGAAAUUAAAUGGCGAAUUGCACGUUCUGGAGGAAGUCGUCAAGCAAGGCAACAGAAUGGCGCACUUUUAUCGUAACACUUUAGUAACUUUUAUGGUAUUGUUCUUGCUGGUGCCACUAAUUUCUCCCAUUCUUGAUAUUGUCCAUCCAAUAAACGGAACUCGAACACGCCAACAACUGCUAAGAGUUAAUUACAUAUUUUUUAACGAUGCCGACUAUUUCUUUUACAUAUAUUUACAAUUAUUUUGGAGCUCUGUCGUUGUAGUGUUCACCAUAAUAGGUGCUGAUUGGUUAUACAUGCUAAUAAUUCAUCACAGUAGUGGAUUAUUUGCGGUUUGUGGACAUCGAGUCCAAAAAGCAACUGUGAAUCCAAACUACUUUACUGGUGAUGCUAUUUCCGAGAAUUACACGUAUGAAAAGAUCAGGAAUUGCGCUAUAAUGCACAAUGAAGCCAUACGAUUUUCAGAUAUAUUGAAAGAAAGCAGUCGGGGUAGUUACUUAAUUCAGGUUGGAUUGAAUAUGUUGAGCAUAAGCGCGACAGCUGUUCAAACAGUGAUAAACUUAGACAGACCGGAAGAAGCAAUACGAAGUGCGGUAUUUUGUGGGGCUUGUCUAUUUCAUUUGCUUUUACUUAGUUUACCUGGCCAGGUGCUAUUGGAUCAUUGUUCUGAUUUAGCAGAUAAUAUG